CCCUAUGUUAUCAUUGUCUAUGUGUGUACUUGUAUGUAUACACACACUAUUCUACAUUAGGAAAAAAAGUGCAGUUAAACUCGGUCUCGCGGUACUUUUUACCUCAGGUUGAACAAGGGGGUAGGUACGCUAGCUACCUAGUGGUUUUGUCUAUGACAAAAGUAUAUCACAUGAACAUUAGCUACCUAUAAACACUUAUUUUAACAAUAUAUAAAUAAUUUAGAAAUAAUUGACAGUACUGUAAAGUUAGGCCGCUACGCUAGCUACUGUAAGUUAGCUAACGACAAACCAACGACGUUCACGAUGGCAGCUGGAAAGAUGUGUAGUAGGCCAAAAAAACAGGAGACAGCAGAGUGGACCAGUUUAUUUCAAAACGAACUGAAAACUGAAGAAAAGUCCCUGGUCUUUGUGAAGCGAAUGAUGGCCCUCGCCGUUUCUUCCAUCACAUAUCUCAGAGGAAUAUUCCCGGAGGACGCCUACAGAUCUCGAUAUCUAGAAGAUUUAUGCAUCAAAGUUUUACGAGAAGACUGCACAACACCUGGUGUCUGCAAAAUUGUAAAGUGGCUGAUGGGGUGCUUCGACGCAUUAGAGAGAGGAUAUCUUCAGGUUGUGUUCAUUGGGGUCUGCACCAAUCCAGAUAAUCCCAACUGCAUCAUUGAGUCAUACCAGUUCAAGUUCACAUACACAGACAAAGGACCACAGAUGGACAUUCUGAGAAACCAGAAUGUGGAGAUGCAGAUCACAAUGGAGGAUACCAAGAAGGCCUCUGUCCUCUUGAUCAGGAAGCUGUUUCUCCUCAUGCAGAACUUGGACGUGCUCCCCAAUGACGUCUGCCUCACCAUGAAGCUCUAUUACUUUGACGACAUCACCCCUGCUGACUAUGAGCCUCCAGGUUUCAAGGAGGGGGUGAACGACAACCUGUGGUUCGAGGGCAUGGCGGUGCACUUCAGAGUGGGUGAGGUGCACACCCCUUUCCACACCCUGAAGGUGAGGGUGGCGGCGGAGCAGGGCCGUGUGGAGAAGCUGCAAGAGGGGAACUACCUGAAGGAGAGUCAGGUCUCCACGGCUACGCAGAGCACUCUGCCAGGGCUGGCGCCAACCGGUGCACAGGAUCCUGACAAUGAGAGAUACAAAGAAGAUGACUUUCCCUCUGAAGAUGAGUCUGCACAGUUCAAGAAACCCAAGAAACCUGUGGCAAAGGUAAGUGAGUUUGUGGGCAGUUGGUUGGUUGUGAUCAACAAUGGUUUCCGUGUUGUGUAUUUGGAGGAAAAGAAGAUAGAGCUGCAUGGGUGAACAGCACAAUGGUGUAAAAACGAUAUUCUUUCAAACAGAGUAAAGGUGCUGCCAGUAAACUGGCAAAGAAAAAAGGAAGAAAAGAGCAAUAAUUUUUUUUGAUGAAGACAGCAGUGAAGGCCCUGCUUUUUCAGCUUCCUGUCAGACACAGUAAACAUGAAUGUGGAUCGAGGAUGUAACUUCCUCACUAGAUUACAAGGAUUUUACUCACCAAGCAUGUUUACAUGAAUGUUUAAUUUCUAUGCCUGUUUGAACAUUUUCUAGACAGACUAUUAAAACUCAAGUAGUAAA